AUGGAUGCGCAAUAUCCUUUUGCUUCACGUGACGACAUUUGGCGUGUCUUUGACGAGCUGAAGGAGCUCCACAUUGCCCAGUACGAGCAAGGAGAGCGGCUCGCGCAACUGGAGCGUCGCCGGGACGACGAUGCACGUCUGAGGAGUCCUUGGUGUCCUGUGUCCCCAUUUCCACAUUCGGUUGGGACAAUCGCUCCAGGUAGUCCACUGCCUUCCGGAAUCAGCUCGCCACUUACCAAGACAUCUCUUCCAGACCCCGCGUUCCAAUCCCCCCCGGAUGCUUUCAAAGGAUUCGAUCAGGGUCACCAUUCCGCAAUGGCUAGCUCUACGGUGGGGUUUGAUGGCGAUGAUGAGCCCAGACGGGGCGCAUCCCGAGCCAACAGUGUCCGUUUCGACGAAAGUGCUAUACACGGGAACGCCCAGGCUAGCCGUUCCAGUAACGACCUUCCUCUACGGACCGGCAGCAGUUUGAGUACCCACCCGCUUCUUGAACGGACCUUUUCUCACCAAUCUGAUGGACGACUGAGCUCAUCUGGCCACUCACACCAUUCCGCUCGGACUAAUAGCCUGCGUCUGAACACUACUCGACUGCUUGGUGCUACCACUAUCGAGUCCCCUUUGAUCCCCCCUCCUGGACUCUUCUUGCUCGGACCAGUCCCAUCCAUCAUCCGGUGCUGGUUGACUGACACUUUCACUAACGACUCUCUCCUGUAUGCAGCCGUUUGCUCGGGCUCUUACGUCUCAACUUUGACUCUCUCCAUGGUCCGCGAAUUUGGGAUGGAGAACAUGAUCGUGCAUGAAGGCGAUGUACAGUACCUCAAGCUUCCAGUCUAUCUUCCUGAAGCACUUAUUCACCCAUCUUCGUCGCGCCCUGGGACACCUACUCACCAAGUCCCUACUGUGACUAUCCGCUUCGUGGUUCGGGAGACAGCAGUCGGCAAUAACUCAAUUCAAAUCAUCAUUGGAAGCGAUGUGAUGCGCGCCCACAAUGCUGAUAUUCUGUUCUCGCAAGAUAAACUGAUUAUGGUGGACGAUGACCACACCCGUGUCUCUGUCCCCCUCGUGCGUCCUGAAAAGGACUCUGUGUUCAAAUCUCUUUGCACUUCUCCUGGUACUCCCAAUUCUGGGGACUUACUGAAACAUCCUACUAAUGGACAUCCAUCCGUCGGUAUCAUCGGCCGGCCUGUCAAUGUUCAACAAAAGCCGGCCUCUGCACCUCCAUCAGCUCGUCUACCUGGCGGCGAGAAUACCGAUCCUCACAAGUAUCACCCGCAGGCCCCUGCUCACAUUUCAGCUGAAGUUCGUCCCGCCAGUUCCAGUCUACCGACUUCUGACUCUACUAAAACCGAUGAUGUGCCUUCUUGGAGCGCAUGGCGCCGCGAUACCAAGAAAUACAAAUCCACCAAUACCCAAAAGCCGACCCAGAAACGUGAGAUGAAAGUCUUCCGCACCGGAAAAUCUAGCAGCCAUGCGAACUCCACGACUUCGGCCCUAGCCCCUGGCAGUGUUACCGCUGAGCAGUCCGACAAGUCCUCUCCGAUUACCUCUACCCACCAUCCGACGGCUCCCUCGGACAAGCAUGGUACGCUGAAUCCCGUGGGUAGUGCAUCGGCGUUUGGUUGGCUUAACCCGGCCCCUCACAACGCCUCGUCCUAG